AUGGCUUCACAAAAUUCUAGUUCUACCGUUGAGGCGAGACUUGCGGCCGUGGAGAAGCUAGCACAGCGAGCCUACGAUCGAGGAGAGGUUGAGAACGUGUUCAGCAAGUAUAUGCAUCUUCACAACGUGUUCCAAGACGAACAGAUCAAGUCGUUGUGGGUCAAGCGAGGUACCCCUGGAGUCCACGCUCAGUAUACCAACGUCGGAGUGUACACCGACUACGACAGCAUUAUGGCCUACCAUAGCGGUCGACCGUCGCCUCCCGGAAAACUGAUUCUACACGAAACUACUACCCCGUUAAUCGAAGUUGCAGGCGACGGCGAAACUGCCAAAGGGUUUUGGUUAAUGGCCGGAGUUGAAAGUGGCCUAGCUGACCCCAAGAACGUGGGGACCAUGCCCGAGUUUCUCUACGAACCCGAAGACAAGAAUGUCGACGGGAAGCGAGUCUGGACUCACUGGGUCUGGUGCCACUAUGCCUUGGACUUUCUAAAACAGGAUGGACAGUGGAAGAUCUGGCAUUUCCGUUGUCUCGAAGUGACUCGUGCACCAUUUAGUGAGAACUGGAUCACGUUUGCCAAGAAGAACCAGUUGGCGUUUGAUAAGGACCUUGCGUACUUUGGAAACGACGGCAAAGCUGUCUUUAUGCCGACGCCUGAUGCUAAGCCAGAAAAGGUCACCACCAGGAUUCGCACCGUUGAAAUACUGAAACCUAGACAGCCCCAUCUUCCCAGCUUCCAUUUCAACCCUUCUCUGCUCACCGCUGACCUCGAUCACUGCAGCUCUCACCACCGCCCCAAUGCAACGACCGAGAUGUUCUCCGACUCUCAGCUAGAGCUGCUGGCGCUGCUGGAGAGGGUCUUUUCGUCAAUCAGCCUCGUGAGUGUACUGUUGAUUUUCGUGACGUACGGGAGCAUACCGCGGCUGCGCAAUCCACGGAAUACGUUUAUUGUGUUUGCGAGCAUCGCGAAUCUGGGCGCUAGUAUUGGGACUGUUAUCUCACGCGAUGGACUGGCUCGUGGUGAAGAUUCCGCGCUUUGUAGGGCGCAAAGCUUCUUGGUACACAUGCAAGUAAUAUCCGUAUUCAUGCAGUCUGAUGCGUGGUGGUCCCUUGGUAUGUCGGUGAAUACCUUCAGGAUUGUCUUCUUCCAAUCGAACCCGCAUACGUUCAACAAGUGGCUUUAUUCUCUGAUUUGCUUUGGGGGGCCAUUUAUAUCAGGGUUUACCCUGUUUUUCAUCUCGACUCCGGCGCGUGGUCCCGUAUACGGAGCGACAACUACUUGGUGUUGGAUCCGAGAAUCUUGGGCCAGCAUACGACUCUUUACUUCAUACCUCUUUGUAUGGAUCUGCAUCGCCACGUCAAUCGUCUUGAACACAGCGGUUGGCUUUCGUCUCUUUCGCGCCAGAAAUAAAGCUCGUGAUAUCUUGAACUCACGCAUUCAGACCACAGUAACAGAUCACCAAACAAUAACAGAAACAAAUACUGACAACGAUGUCCGAGCGUCCGAACACCCAUCCGUUACUGCCACGUUGAAUACCCAGAAGUCAGCAUCCAAUGCCACGGCCGUGGAACCAAUUGCUCCUAACCAAAAGCAACAAUCUUCAUCACCAACCCCCAAUAGCACCAAAUCUAAAUUUUGGCUCAAAGACCCUAUCAAACGGGCAUACCUAUUCACAACCUUCAUGUUUACACUGAGCGUCCUCGUGACGUGGGUACCAGCGAGCAUCACACGUAUCCAUAGUCUACUUAACCGCGAUGUUCCAUACUCAUAUCAAGUUGCCAUAGCGGCUGUGAUGCCCUUGCAAGGUCUCUGGAACGCACUGAUCUUUUUCACUACUAGCCGGGGCGUUAUAAAGGAUGUGAUUCGCAAAAAAUGGGGUCGUUGGGUUUUUAAGCCUAUAAAGAACAAUACUGAAAUAGUGAGAAGGGAGAGUGCUCCAAGAGUAAGGCCCAAUAUUGACCUUUACAGGGGAGGUAAUGAUCCGGCCAUUAUCUGCGGUGACGUUGAUGUCAGGACGAUUGCUCUCAAGAUUGCAUUUUCAUCGCCGAUCAACUCUGCUCAAGUUUGCAUUGCAAGCAAAUGUAUCUAUGUCCAUGAGUCCAUUGAUGGUGAGUUUUUGAAAGAAUUGAUCACUGCUGUCGAGCAGCAUUCCUUGGGCGAUGGUCUGGACAGUAAUGCUGACCUCGGUCCCGUCCAAAGUUAUCUCCAGUUCGCAAGGGUAAGGGACCUACUCGCAGGUCUACAAGCUAACGACCUCAAGAUCGCGACUGGUUUGACUGAGGCGUCAAAUGCGGGUAAAGGAUACUUCAUCACCCUGACAGUUGUGGGCAACCCCCUGAUGAUUCCAGAAUCGUCAUUGAGGAGCCUUUUGAAACACAAUGAGGAGGUCCUCAGACGUGCCAAUGACACCGAUAUGGGUCUUGGCUCUUCGGUCCGGAGUCUGGACUAA